AGCAAAACCGCUGACGAGAAAUCCUGAUCAGACAACCCAUCCGAGGGUCGUCCCAAUCCAGGCCUCACUUUGAAUCUCGGCUCCAACAACCCUUUCCGCAAUCGCGCUGUGUCACCCAGCAAUCUCUCGCCUGCCCCAUCCUCACCAUUUGACGACCCUCCCCCGCGACCGACUUCGAGGAACCCCUUCCUGGAUCUCCCUUCGAGCACUGGACCCAGCGACAGAGUCAACUCGCCUGACAAGAUGACCUCACCAAAGGACAGGGCAUCGCCAACUGCGGAGGACAUAUUUGACAACCUCACACUCGAUGACAGCAAGCCUAAGAGCCCGCCCACUGAAGGUGGCAAGCCUCCAAUGCCAAUGAAGCGUCCUCCUGGCCCGCCAGGGCCUCCGAGGCCGCGUGGGGAGAACAUGCCUCCGCGAGGCCGUGGAGGACCGCCAACGCAUCGUCCGACUCGUUCACAAGAAGAGGCCAUGAGGGCGCGUCGACCCCCGGGUCCUGGUGGCAAGGCGCCAGGCGACUCGCCUCAGCGUCGACCCAUGGGCAGCCGACCUCGUCGGAACAGCGACUCCUCCGUUGCGGACAAGGAGCGGCCUAUGACUGAGGAGGAAAAGAAAGCACGCGAUGCUCGCCGCAAGGAGAAAGAGAGACGUUAUCGUGAAGCAAAGGCGAGCAAAGAAAGCAAAGGAAAACCCAGCAAGAAGCUUGAUCUCAUUGAUCAGCUUGACGCGACCAGUAUUUAUGGUACCGGGCUGUUCCAUCAUGACGGACCUUUCGAUGCCUGCAAUCCCAAUCGCAACAGACAAGGAAGCCGGCGAGCCCCUAUGCACGCUUUCGCGAAGGAUUCACCCAACAUGCAACUCGGCGGGUCUGGACCUCUCAACAAGCGACCGGAUCAUGCGACUUUCAUGGGCAAUCACGAUGAGGAGGCCUUCACGCUCCAUGCGACUGGCGCGUCUGUGCCUCUCGAGCCUCGUGUCGACAAGACCGCAACCGGCUUCUUCGAUGCUACUUCCCGAGGCUCCGCUCUCCACGGUGAUGAGUCGCUCGGCCUAGGUACCUCGACUUUCCUGGAGGGCACACCAGCAACCCGAACCGCUAUUCAAAGGCGUCAAGCCGAAACUGUUCAAGAGAAUGCAGAAGGCCUCGGGAGAAAGAAGUCGUUGGCUCAUCGCAUCCGCAACAUCAAUCGUGCCCCACAGGUUCCCGGGCGUUUGACUAACCCAGAGGGCGUCUACGGACCUCGGUCCGGGGAGAGCACUGGGGAGCGGAAUCCUUUCGCAGCUGAAUUUGAUAAGGCAGAGGAACGCAUCUCGGUGAAGCAGGCCGAUUCAAACCCGCGGUCGCCGGCUAGUCCACCUGCUACUGGAGCGAUUCUGGAGCGGCGGGUGACAACAGAUGCCGCUGCGAGCCCUGCGUCUCCCGAGCCAACAUCAAAGUCGCAGGGCGGCUUCCUCUCUCGCGUCAAAAGUCUGAAGGGCGGUCGCCGCACGCGGCCCGAGGCGCCUCCCCGACCCCCUCCCGGAGCGCCAGAACCUGCGCCCGGCACUGCUGCGUGAUCUGCCGAGUGAGCCUAUUGGGAGACAUCAAACUUGAGGCUUGACAUUAAGACAAUGCCUACAGAUCAGCCA